AUGGGGUUUUCAUCUUUGAGAAGCCGCCUCUUUCCUCGGCAGCAGGAGGACAACAUCACCCCCGCAUCCGUCGAUCAUCAAAAUGAUGGGGUAGCAUCGAGUGUUACUGGCACCGACGAAAUCAGUAAAUCCAUUGAGGAAAAUGGUAAUCCAACUGAGAAAAUCGAUCCCGAAACAAAUGUCAAAGAGUCCUCACCUAUCGUUGAAAGUUCACCUCUCGACAUCGAAAAGGCGACACCAACAUCAGGAAGGUUUGGUGAUGACGAUCCAUUACUUAAGGAUAUUCCAUGGCAAGUUCGCCGAAUUGUCAGUCUCGAGGAUGAUCCUACCGAACCUACAAUCACGUUCCGCUAUUUUCUUCUGACCCUGAUAUUCGUCGCACCGGGAGCUUUCUUAUCACAAAUGAGCCAUUUCCGUACCACAUCCGCUCCAUACUCCGUCUUCUUCGUUCAAAUCUGUUCGAAUUAUGUUGGUGUUUGGCUAGCAAAGGUUCUUCCAGCCAAGACCAUCUGGUUACCAUUUGGAGGAAGCUUUAGUCUGAAUCCAGGUCCAUGGGGAACAAAGGAACAUGUGUUGGUUACCAUUUCUGCAGCAUCUGGUGCCACUUACAACUUGGCCUACGCCCCAAUUUCUAUCGCCGAGCUCUACUUUGGAAUCACCAUUAAUCCAGCAGUUGCGAUAUUCUUUAUGUGGUCCGUAGUAUACAUUGGGUAUUCUUUCGCAGCUAUUGCUAGACAAUUCUUGCUCUAUGAUCCUGUAUACCCAUGGUAUCAAGCACUCUGUCAGACUGCUCUCUUUGAAACUCAAAAGAAGCAGAGACAACAUCCAUCCCGUGUUUCAAAGAAACAGAUGAGAGUAUUCUUUGGAGUUCUUGCAGGAAUCACUCUAUGGCAAUUCCUCCCAGAGUUCGUGUUUCCAAUGCUUGGGUCCUUGGCAUUCCUCUGUUGGGUUGCCCCAAAGAACAAGGUUGCGAAUUUCAUGGGCUCAGGUUUGGGGGGAAUGGGUUUCUUAAAUCUGACACUUGAUUGGUCAAGUAUUGCUAGUUUGAGUAAUUCCAACAGCUUGUUCGUAACUCCUUGGUGGACUCAAGUAAUCAUCUUCCUGGCUUUUGUAGUCAACUGUUGGAUAUUGCUUCCGGCCGCGAAAUGGGGAAGUCUGGGUAGUUGGAAGCCUGAGUUGAUGUCUAAUCGUCUCUUCAUGGAAAAUGGAACUUCUUAUCCUACCACCAAGCUCAUCACUCCUCAAGCCACACUCAAUGAAACUGCUUACGAGGAGUACGGGCCAAUCUACGUUGGUACUCAACAACUUUGGAACAUGUUCUUCGAUUAUGCAGCAUACACCUCCGGUAUCAGUUGGAUUUGUUUCUUUGGAUUCACACAAAUCAGAGAUACACUUAAAAAAUUGAACGCUCGUCGUAAGAACAAAGUCGAGGGAGAAACCAUCAACCAUCAAUAUGGCGACCAAUUGAAUAUCCUCCAACGUUCUUAUAAAGAAGUUCCUUGGUGGUGGUCAUUGAUUCUUUUCCUUAUUACCUUUGUCAUUAUGAUGGUAAUCUUGGGCACCGGCAAUCUUUUCAUUCCUCUAUGGACUUAUUUCAUUGCGGUUCUUACAGGUGUUGUGGUCGUUAUCCCGCUUGGCUGGCUAUAUGCCCUUUCCAACUUUCAACUUCCAAUCGGUACCUUCAACGAACUCUUGUAUGGCCUGAUGGUUAACGCGGUCGACGGACACAAGAAUCCUUCGGGUGCAUCGGUUUACUCAUCCCUCGCCGGUGAUGCAUGGUAUCGUGCACAACUUAUGCUUCAAGAUCAGAAAAUUGGUCACUAUAUGCAUAUUCCUCCUCGAGACACCUUCUUUGCUCAAGUCUUCGGUUGUUUCAUUGGUAUUCCAAUCAAUUAUGGUGUCGUAAAAUGGGUACUCAGUUCAAAAGCGGAUUAUUUGAGUGGUGCUGUAACAGAUCCAACACAUCAAUGGACUGGACAAGGUCUCGCUACUACGUUGACUACUAGCACGCAAUAUGUUCUCAUCGGACCUCUACGCCUCUUUCAGUUGCCUAUUUUCAAACCUCUUCCAUACGGGUUCCUUGUUGGAGCACUUUGCCCACCCAUCAUUUAUGUUCUCCACCGUCGCUUUCCCAACGCUAAAUUUCAUCUCUUCAAUACCACCAUUUUCUUCUCUGGUCUUUCUACAUUUUACGGAAACAUCUCUACUGGAUACACUUCUUCCAUUAUUGGUGGUUUCAUUGUUGCCUACUGGGCGUACAGAUAUAGAUAUGAGAUGUGGGCACGAUAUAAUUACAUCCUUGCUGCUGCUUUCGAUGCAGGAUUCAAUUUGAACAUGUUAUUGAUUUUCUUGUUCUUUGGCGCAGGCAAGGUCGUUACCAUGCCAAAUUGGUGGGGCAAUAAUGCAGAUAGUACAGAUAGAUGUUUUGCUUUGGAGUAA